UCGCCAGCCCAGAAGCUGCCCCAAAGCCAAGUGCCAAGUCCAUCUACGAGCAGAGGAAGCGUUACUCCACUGUGGUUAUGGCCGACGUAUCCCAGUAUCCAGUCAAUCACCUGGUGACAUUCUGCCUGGGUGAGGAGGAUGGCGUGCACACCGUGGAGGAUGCCUCCAGGAAGCUCGCCGUCAUGGACAGCCAGGGCCGAGUCUGGGCACAGGAGAUGCUGCUGCGCGUGUCCCCGGACCACGUCACGCUGCUCGACCCAGUCUCCAAGGAGGAGCUGGAGUCGUACCCGCUGGGUGCCAUCGUGCGCUGCGACGCGGUGAUGCCACCCGGCCGGAGCCGCUCGCUGCUGCUCCUCGUGUGCCAGGAGCCCGAGCGCGCGCAGCCGGACGUGCACUUCUUCCAGGGCCUGCGCCUGGGGGCGGAGCUGAUCCGCGAGGACAUCCAGGGGGCGCUGCACAACUAUCGCUCCGGCCGCGGCGAGCGCAGGGCGGCGGCGCUCAGGGCCACGCAGGAGGAACUGCAGCGCGGCCGCUCGCCGGCCGCCGAGACCCCACCCCUGCAGCGCCGGCCGUCGCUCCGCGCCGUAGUCAGCACAGGGGAGCGGGCGGCGGGCCGCGGGAGGCCCCAGGAGGAGCCCAUCCCCGAGGCGGAGGAGGCGCAGAGGCCUGGCCCACCGGGGACCUCGGGCAGCGCUGACCCGGCCUCCCCGGACCUGGGUCCCCGGGGUCCGGACCUGGCCAGUCUACAGGCGGAGCGGGAGGUGGACAUCCUGAACCACGUAUUCGACGACGUGGAGAGCUUCGUCUCGAGGCUGCAGAAGUCGGCGGAGGCGGCCCGCGUGCUGGAGCACCGCGAGCGCGGCCGCAGGGCCCGGCGCAGGGCGGCCGGGGAGGGCCUGCUGACGCUGCGGGCCAAGCCGCCCACGGAGGCCGAAUACACCGACGCGCUUCGGAAGAUCAAGUACGCCUUCAGCCUGCUGGCCCGGCUGCGCGGCAACAUCGCCAACCCCUCGUCCCCGGAGCUGCUGCACUUCCUGUUCGGACCCCUGCAGAUGAUCGUGAACACGUCGGGGGGCCCCGAGUUCGCGAGCGGCGUGCGGCGGCCGCACCUGACGUGCGAGGCCGUGGCGCUGCUGCGGGACAACGUCAAUCCACGUGAAAACGCUCUCUGGACCUCGCUCGGGGACUCGUGGACCCGCCCUGGGCUGGAGCUGCCCCCGGAGGAGGGACCCCCAUAUAGCCCUGAGUUCUACAGCGGCUGGGAACCCCCGGCCACUGACCCGCAAGGCCGCGCCUGGGAGGACCCAGUGGAGAAACAGCUACAGCAUGAGCGGAGGCGCCGGCAGCAAAGCGCCCCCCAGGUCGCUGUCAAUGGUCACCAAGAUCCGGAGCUGGAAUCUGAGCCCCACCUGGAGUCAGAGCCAGCAGGAAAGUGGGUCCUGUGUAAUUAUGACUUCCAGGCCCGCAACAGCAGCGAGCUGUCGGUCAAGCAACGGGAUGUACUGGAGGUCCUGGAUGACAAGCGCAAGUGGUGGAAGGUUCGGGACCACCGGGGACAGGAGGGAUAUGUACCCUAUAAUAUCCUGACACCCCACCCAGGACCCCAGGUGGACCGCAGCCAAAGCCCUGCCGGCAGCCUGAAUAGCACACCCCCUCCCCCGCCAGCUCUGACCCCAGCUCCUGCUCCAGUUCGGCCCCGCUGGGAUAGCUGUGAUAGCCUCAAUAAUUUGGACCCCAGCGACAAGGAGAAAUUCUCCCAGAUGCUCAGUGUCAACGAGGAGCUGCAGGCGCGCCUGGCCCAGGGCCGCUCGGGCCCUAGCCGCGCAGUCCCAGGGCCCCGCGCCCCGGAGCCACAGCUCAGCCCGCGCUCGGACGCCUCGGAGGUCCGCGCCUGGCUGCAGGCCAAGGGCUUUAGCGCUGGGACCGUGGACGCGCUGGGCGUGCUGACCGGGGCGCAGCUUUUCUCGCUGCAGAAGGAGGAGUUUCGGGCGGUGAGCCCGGAGGAGGGCGCGCGGGUGUACAGCCAGGUCACGGUGCAGCGCGCGCUGCUGGAGGAUAAAGUGUCAGAGCUGGAGGCGGUGAUGGAGAAGCAAAAGAAGAAGGUGGAAGGUGAGACGGAAACGGAGGUCAUUUGACCUUUCUUGGCUCCUUCGCAAAAAGUGACGAGGUCCCGUGGGAGA